AUGAAUGAAGAUCAAGUUGCCCAAUUCCUCAUUGAGAAAGGAUAUCAUCUUACAGCCUUAGAAUUAUAUACAGAAAAUUAUGAGCGCACAGGAAAUGCUAUUGAAUGUCUUUCGGACUUCUUUGAAGAUUCAGCAAAUUUCCUUAUGUUCGAAGACAUGAGGAGUGUAUCUGAAAUUUCCACAUCAGCUGCCGAGACAUCAGUUGUUAGUAACGAUGCAAUGAGAAUUAAAGACGACAGAAUCGCUGUUCUCGAACAUGAAAUCAAAGUUCUUCAUGAUUCACUUGAUGAAGCUCAAGCACAACUCCAAAACAAGCAAAAUUCGGUUCAAGUACAAAGUCCUCCAACCAAUUUCGUUGGUCCUCCAGAUGAUUCGGAAGAUUUGAUAUUAAAUUAUUUAAUCUCAAGAUAUUUGCAAUCGCGCGGUCUUAAAUUAUCUGCCCUUGCAUUUAAUAACGAAACAUCAGCUCAAAAGCAUAACGACAGAAUUAAUAUUCCAGAUGACGUUGAUUUAGCACAUCUUCUCCGCUCCUUCGAGUUUGUUCAAAACUCUCCACUUCUUGCGGAAGAAAUCGAUAAAUUACGUAACGAAAAGAAGCAACAAACAGAUAUUAUUCAUCAAUUAACAGUUGAUUUAGAUUUCGCAAAGAAGCAAGUCAAAGAAUUACAAACUAAGAUCGAUGAGAUGCAAGAACAGUCUCAGCAACAAGGCGAAAACGAAAAUGUUAAAGUCGAAGUUCAAUCCGCCCCAGUUAUCAAUGAACCACCUUCCGUUGCCCUUCUCAACGAUAUCUGGAAGCAAAUACCACUCAUUCUCGAGAACGUUGCCGACGACAACAAGUUAAGAUACAUUCAUCUCAUUUGCGUCAUCUACAAAUACCAUCCAGACAGAAAAAUCAGAUGCGAAUGCUUCAACCUUAUUUUUACAACCAUUUCCAAUCCAAAUCAGUCACAAAUCGACUUCAUUGUCAAAGAAUUACUAGAUCUUUCUCUUGACGAAGACCACAUCUCUGCAGAGCUCUUACCAAUCAUUUCCCAGUACUUAUCAUCCAAUUCCGUUGGUACUCUCUGCUUAAUUUCACGAGUUGUGACUGAAUUUUCUCCAUUAGCUUCCCAAGACAUCAGAACAAGCUUCUUAUUCUCCAUUGUCAAGCAAUUGGCCGAGCACAGUUCCCCAACAGUCCGUGCUUCCGCUUGCAAAGCUUGUGCCUCGACAAUUUCCUUCUUCGACGCUUCUUCAGCCGACAGAGUUGAUGAUGCCCUUAAUCUGUUGAAGACCCUCUUAUUCGACUCAGAAGCCAUUGUCCAGAGCCACGCCAUUGACGAUCUCUCGCCAUCUGUUGUAAAUCUUUGCAAAUCACUUCACGCUGUUGGCAAAGUUUACUGCGAAUUCUGGCUAAAGCACAUGUUCUCGUUCGGACUCACCGGAUCAUCCGCUUUGGCCGCUCUUCGCUUCAGAUUGUGCACGAAAGCCAUUGAAGUUUCUCUUCCAGCCAUUGUUCCAACGAAACCAACAGGAGAACAGCAGAUUGCAGAGCUAAACGCGGAAAACAUCGCUAUGUCGAACAAGCUUGUUUGUGUCCACAAAGAUGAAUUGAGUUGGGCCAUGAAAAACAUGAUAACGCACAUAAUAAACAUGGCACCAUUAUAUUUCGUUCCAAUCAAUGUGAAGAAAGAUGUUGAUAGUUUAGUUUCUAAGAUUGCUAAACAAUUCGGAUCUCAAUUCACAAACGAGAACAUUGUCCCUGCUCUUCUUAAGAGUAUCGAUGAAACUGAAGGAGAUCAGAAACUGAAAUUGACGACAUUGUUAGUUUCAGCGAUUAUUCCUUAUUGCGGAAACGAAACUUUCUUUUUACAAGGAAAGAAUUUCAUUUCUUACGCAACAAGCGAACUGAGAGGUUUCAAGAGCAGAGAUGUACAGGAUUACAUCGCACCAACGUUCUCUUUAAUGAGUACAAGAGAUGCUUCAGUAAGACCAUUGAUUUUCCAGUUAAUCGAUGAUUUGUCUCGUUCUACAAGAGUGGCCGUCAGAACCGCCGCUUUGUCAGUUUUGUCGGAGGUUUUGACAACACUUGAACAGAAAGAGAUUAUUCAAUCUGUUCUUCCUAUUGUAUCAAGAUUUGCCGAAGAUCCUGACGAAACAUUGUUACUGGAAGUUGUCAAUUGCGUUGGCGCGAUCUCGAGAUUUUCAACAGCAUUGGAUGUGAUGAACACUAUCAAGAAUUUGUUUGAUAAGUGGUUCAGAGGAAGAAUUCUAAUCAGAUUGCAGAGCUUGAGAGUUUUCGCUGUCAUAGUAAGUGACGUAGAACCACAGUUCAGGGAUUCUUAUUUGAUUCCUAAACUGCAGAUAACAGCAACUGACACGGCUACUUGGGAAGAAGCUGGUGCAAGAGAACAGGCAUUGAUGAUAAUUAUGCAGAUUUUGUCAAGUAUAGAAGAUUUCCCUGAAAAUUUGGUGCAAAAUGUUGCACAGCCAAUUGUUACGGAAUUGACUAAAUGCGAUCUAACAGCAAAUGAUCCAAAACUUCCGGAACUUAAGAAGAAGUUCGGAAUGGAAGAACAAACCUCAAAGUUCUCUUUGUUCUCUAAGUAA